AUGAAGGACUGCACGUCUUCGGCCGAGGCCCUACGAGUGGGACUCGUUCGGGUCAAAUUUGUUUCCCCUGGCUCUGCUUUGAUUAUCGGCCGCUGGGCGAGAUCUGGUGAGGACGCAAAGUCGGCUGGUGGCCUGCUGGUGAAGAUGUCAUUUCUCCAGCAUGUCUCCGUCUCCGAAACCUCACAUGGGAAAGCGCUGGUGGUUGGAAUGGCCGGGUGGCAUUUGGAGCGUUUGGGCGACAUCUUGGACCUGUCCGUUCUUCGGCCUUCGCUGAGGAUCCCUAUGUACAAGUACACAUGCGUAUGCAGGGGUAGGCCCAAGGAGAUGUAG